GCGGCAGCUUCCACAAUGUCUUGCGAAGAAUUCCUCCUCUAAACGAAGUUGGCAGCAGACGGCAGGUGGGCCGGCUAGGGUAAGCGCUCCCGGGGCGCCUGCCCUCCCUCGCCCCCACCCCCGCCGCUUGCUCGGUCCAGUAGAGGCAGCGGCGUGGCGCGUCCGUCAGCUUCGGAGUUGGAGGGCGGCGCCCAGGACCCUGGUGGGAGAGUGUGGGCGUCGCGCUGCGAGGAGGGGCGGGAGGCGGCUGUGGGAGGCGCCGGCCGAAGAGCCCCACUCGCAGAGCUCCAGCCUCAGGAGCGAGGGGAGCGCGGCGCCCGCGCAGGCAGAGCGCCCCCGGGGGCGGCCACCGGGCGUCUGCACCCCGUCAUGGCGCGCCCCCCGAGCCCGUGCUCGCCGCCGCCCGUGCUCUUGCUGCUGCUGCUGCUGCUGCUGCCGCUGCCGGUGCCCCUCGGAGCCGGGGAUCCCCUCCCCACAGAGGGUCGGCUAAUGAUCAACUGUAUCCAGGCCAGGAGGAAGUGCCAGGCCAAUCCCACUUGCAAUGCUACCUACCACCACCUGAAUUCCUGCAUCUCUAGUAUAAACACCGCAUCACCCGCAGAGGAGCCUUUCGUCCCUGUAGACUGUGUGGAGGUAGCACAGCACCUCAGGAAUAGCUCUCUGAUGAGCUGCACAUGCCACCGGCGCAUGAAGAACCAAGCUGCCUGCCUGGACAUCUACUGGACCGUUCACCCUGCCCGCAGCAUUGGUGACUAUGAGUUGGAUGUCUCCCCCUAUGAAGACACAGUGACCAGAAAACCCUGGAAAAUGAAUCUCAGCAAACUGAACAUGCUCAAACCAGACUCGGACCUCUGCCUCAAGUUCGCCAUGCUGUGCACUCUUAAUGACAAGUGUGACCGGCUGCGGAAGGCCUAUGGGGAGGCAUGCUCGGGGUCCCGCUGCCAGCGCCACACCUGCCUCGGGCAGCUCCGCUCCUUCUUCGAGAAGGCGUCGGAGGCCCACGCACAAGGCUUGCUGCUGUGCCCGUGCGCGCCCACCGAUCAGGGCUGUGGGCAGCGCCGAAGAAACACCAUCGCCCCCAACUGCGCGCUGCCGUCAGGGGCCCCCAACUGCCUGGAGCUGCGGCGCCUCUGCCUCUCCGACCCACUGUGCAGAUCACGCCUGGCAGAUUUUCAGACCCACUGCCAUCCCAUGGACAUCCUAGGGACCUGUGCAACAGAGCAAUCCAGAUGUCUGCGAGCAUACACAGGGCUGAUUGGGACUUCCAUGACUCCCAACUUUGUCAGCAAUGUCAACGCCACUGUUGCCUUAAGCUGCACCUGCCGAGGCAGUGGCAACCUGCAGGAGGAGUGUGAGCGGCUAGAAGAGUCCUUCUCUCACAACCCCUGCCUCAUGGAGGCCAUUGCAGCUAAGAUGCGUUUUCACAGCCAGCUCUUCUCCCAGGACUGGGCAGACUCUACCUUUUCUGUGAUGCAACACCAGAAUAAAAACCUUGCUAUGAGGCCACAGCCCUGGGCGCCCUCUCUUCUUUCCUGCCCACUUACCUUGAUUCUGCUCCCAAGCCUCUGGUAGCUGGACUUCCCCAGAGGCCCUCUUCCUCUCUUCCCCAUCCAGCCUGACCUGCAUACUACAAGGGGUAAGGAAAGGAGAGCAUCAGGAAGGAGGCACAGUAAACAACGUGGCAACCCUGACACCAUCCCGUACAUCCAGUUGACUCCAGAUGAGGCCACAGUAGAAGCUGACUGGCUGAGUUCUCAUUCCCCCCGCUUCUGACUCAGGCUGCCCCUCCUUAGGACUUGGUGGCCCCGGUUUAUUCAUAUCUUCUGGUGGUGACCAGCUCUACCGAGCUUUCUCCUGAUCCCUUCCUCCUGCCCACCAGGAUCACCCAUGCUCUAAGAAAUCAGUCAUUCUCUAUUGCAUUCUCCAGGUAGCUAGGGCUGGGUUUUCUGAGGCAGCCUAGAAAGACAUUCCCCAUUGUAAGGAAGUCUGGAGCAAGACUCCUGCCCGCCUUGUCUCCUUCUAUGAUUGGGGGAUGGGAACCUGCUGCCUGCCCUGCCCUGGGAUCCUGCAGAGCAUUUGAGCAUCAAGAGCUGGAGCAUUUGGGCCUUGCUUUCUUCUUGCUACUGUCCCAAAGUACCCCUCAGCCUCUUGGAUCAUGAUUAAACAUUUUGACUUAAAACUA